AUGAACGAGUCGGUAACAACCAGCAAUGCAGACUCUGCACAACUUUCCUUGCUCGAUGACUUGAGAACAAGCAUCGCAACGCGCGCUCAGCGAGAACAGAACAGCGGAAGACAUUUCAAUCGUCUUUUUGACACAACGAAAGAUGCUGGCCUUACCAGAAUCGCCACAGGUCUAUCGAAGGAUGUCGGCAUCGUCCCUCGAAGUCUUUCCGACAUUGAUCCUCGUUUGGAUCCGGAGAACGAAUCUUUUGAUUUCAGUUUCUGGGCUUCAACGUUCCUGCGAUUGAUCAGAGAGGAUGUGGUCAGCAGAACCACUCAAGGUGUAACGUUCAGCUCGCUCACAGUAUCUGGCACCGGAUCCGACGUCGAGCUUCAAAAGACCGUCACAUCUCCAUUGAUAGCUUUGGCGCGACUGCCGAUGACGAUCUUCCAGAAGCGCAAACCCCAGCACAAGGUCAUACUGAAUGGUUUCAACGGCUCCAUAGAACGUGGAGAGAUGCUGCUAAUCCUCGGCAGGCCUGGCAGUGGCUGUACAACGCUUCUCAAGACUUUGGCAUGCCAAUCACAAGGCCUUGAACUGUCUCCAGAGUCCUCCGUACUCUAUGAUGGUAUAGCCCAGUCGACAUUUGCCAAGCACUUCAAAGGCCGUGCGGUCUACUCCGCUGAGGACGACGAGCACUUCCCUCAUCUUACCGUGAAGCAGACGCUCCAGUUCGCAGUUGCAGCUCGGACCCCGCACACACGCAUCAAGGGGGUCGACCGCAAGUCCUACGGUACCCAUAUGGUGGAGGUCAUGUUGAGGAUCUUUGGCUUACUCAAUGCGCGGCACACAAAAGUCGGAAAUGAUGUCAUUCGUGGAGUAAGUGGCGGCGAACGCAAAAGAGUCAGCAUCGCAGAGAUGGCUAUGACUCGCGCUUCUAUAGCAGUAUGGGACAAUCCAACGAGAGGCAGCAGCAAUCUACCAGGCAGCCAGAGCCUUUACGAGACAUUCGACAAGGUGACUGUUCUUUAUGCGGGCCGACAGAUUUACUUCGGCCCUGUUGAGGAGGCACGAUCGUACUUCGAGCGCAUGGGCUGGCAGAGUCCUCCACGCCAGACUACUCCAGACUUUUUGACUGCUGUCACAAAUCCCACGGAACGAAGAUGGCGUGACGGAUUCGCAACCUCCAUUCCAAAGACACCGCUUGACUUCGAGAAGUACUGGUUAGCGUCAGCAGAGUUCAAGAAGUGCAUGGCCGAUAUCAAUCGGGAUCGACUCGGCAACCAAGGUGCAGAGCGAGAGGAAGCUCUUCGAAAGGACCACCAUUCCACGCAAGCCCACCACACACGAGACAAAUCGCCCUUCAUCAUUUCGGUGCCCAUGCAAGUAGGGCUUUGUAUGCGUCGAGCAUCACAACUGUUCUGGAACGAUCUGGCGUCGACUAUCACUCUUAUCGCAGGCCGCGUCAUUCUCGCGUUCGUCGUGGGAAGCAUCUACUAUGGACCUAAUGGAACUACAUCAAGCCUCGGGUCCAGGGGCUCUGUUCUCUUCUUGGCCACUCUAAUGAACGCCCUUCUCGCUGUUACUGAGAUCUCCUCGCUCUUUUCACGCCGUGGCAUAAUCGCGAAGCAACAGAACUAUGCUUUCUAUCAUCCGUUUGCCGAUGCUCUUGCAACGUACAUUGUGGACAUUCCCGUGAAGCUGGUUAUUGCAGCACUAUUCAACUUGGUGUUCUACUUCAUGACUGGACUACGGACCGAAGCCUCGAACUUCUUUAUCUUCCUGCUCUUCAACUUUAUCUGCACGCUGCUCAUGUCGGCUCUGUUCCGUACCAUCGGGGCGGCUUGCAAAGCGAUGGCUCCAGCGUAUGCCAUCGCAGGGAUCGGGAUUCUUGCUCAGAUCAUGUACACCGGCUUUACGUUGCAGACAAGUUGCAUGCAUCCCUGGUUCCGUUGGAUCGCUUACAUCAAUCCAGUCGCUUACAUCUUCGAAUCAUUACUUGUUAAUGAAGUUCAUGGCCAGGAGUAUCCUUGUGCGGCCGCCAUAAUAGUGCCGCCAUAUGCAGGCAACACCAACUUUGCAUGCGCUUUCAUUGGGGCGACUGCAAACUCUCGUACUGUCUCCGGCGAUGAAUGGGUGGCGUCCGGAUACGGCUACGAUUAUGCUCAUAUGUGGCGCAAUCUCGGCAUUGCGGUGUCGUAUUUGGUCGCAUUCCUCGCACUGUACUUAGCUGCGACUGAAGCUCGCUCGACGGCAGGUACGUUGCCUCAGCGAUUGAUCUUCAGGACAAUGAAGGCAGCUAGAGACAGUGUCCAGAUGUCAGCGGCCCCAGCAAGAGAAGCGUCAGAGGACUUGGACACAGCGGGGAUGCCACCAGAAAAGGUCCCAAUUGCCACGAUGACAACUGAUGUCAGCUCAGAUCAUUGCCACCCUAACGGUCGAUCAGACAGGGGCACUUUGGUUUGGCGGGACGUGACGCUGAAUAUCAACAUCAGAGGCACCCCGCGCCGUCUACUAGACAACGUUACGGGAUGGGUCACACCAGGAACUAUGACCUGCCUGAUGGGCGUGUCUGGGGCGGGGAAGACGACACUUCUCGACGUGCUUGCACAACGUCGCAACACUACGGGCAAGCUUACUGGCAGCAUCCUUGUCGACAACUCUCCUUUGAAGCCGUCGUAUCGACACAAAACCGGAUAUGUUCAGCAACAGGAUCUACAUCUCCCCACGACAACGGUACGGGAAGCCUUACAAUUCUCAGCAAAGCUACGGCUACCAUCGUCCACUCCACUACAGGACAAAGACGCGUUUGUCCAGAGCGUUCUCGAAUUACUGCACAUGGAGUCCUUCAGUGAUGCUGUUAUUGGCCUGCCAGGCGAAGGCUUAAACCUAGAGCAACGGAAACUGCUUACCAUCGGAGUUGAACUUGUUGCCAAACCUCCGAUCCUCUUCCUCGACGAGCCGACGUCAGGUCUUGAUUCGCAGAGCGCGUGGAACAUUGUGACACUGCUGCAAAAGUUAGCUAGCGACGGACAAGCGAUUCUGGCUACCAUUCAUCAGCCUUCUGCCACAAUCUUUGAGCAGUUCGACUCAGUCUUGCUUCUUUCCAAGGGCGGACGGACCGCGUACUUCGGACCACUUGGACCAGACUGCCGAACAUUGACUGGUCACUUCGAAUCCCAGGGCGCAAGAUCGUGCGGCAAGGACGAGAAUCCUGCUGAGUAUAUUUUGGACGUGAUGAGCGACACCAAACAUGAUUGGCCGGCUCUAUGGAAGGCAAGUCCAACUACCGUUUUCUCUGACAAAGAGGUGGCUGUCGACGAUAGCGAGCAGCGCAUCCAUUCUACGAAUGUUGAUGAUGAGCGAGAAUAUGCAACGUCCUUCUUGACUCAGCUUACGACUGUUCUCAGGCGCCAAUUCGAGUGCUAUUGGCGAUCUCCGGAGUACAUCUACGCCAAAUUCCAGGCAAACUUGCUGGCAGCACUCUUCAUCGGCUUCACGUUCUUCUUGCAGGACUCGUCCGCGACGGGCUUGCAGAAUACCGUCUUUUCAAUCUUCAUGCUGAACGCUACAUUCUCGACCGUUGCCAACCAGAUAAUGUCACGAUUCAUGCCCCAGCGCUCACUCUUCGAAGUGCGGGAGUCUCCUUCUCGGAUGUAUAGCUGGUCCGUUUUCCUGCUGGCGAAUAUCAUCGUAGAAAUCCCGUACCAGAUCGCCCUCUCGGUGGUUGUCUGGGCUUGCUACUACUUUCCAGUAUUCGGUUAUCAUGCCUCGCCUCAUUCACAGGCAAUGAUGUACGCUUUUGUUCUACAGUUCCUCCUCUUCGCCUCUACUUACGCGCAAAUGAUUGUCUUUACGAUGCCUAGUCUGGAGACCGCCGGUGCAAUCUCAACACUUCUCUUCACUAUCACUCUGCAGUUCAAUGGCGUACUACAGCCGCCGUCUGCUCUCCCCGGGUUCUGGAUCUUCAUGUGGAGAGUCUCUCCUUUCACCUACUUGAUUGGAGGAUGGGCUGGUACGGGACUUGUUGACAGAGUUGUCAAGUGCGCACAGAACGAGCUUGCAGUCUUCGAUCCGCCUGAAGGCCAGACUUGUGGGGUGUACUUGCAAAAGUAUAUGCAGGCGGGUGCACCAGGCGCACUCUACAACCCUCAAGCGACACAGGCUUGCCAAUACUGUCCCAUUCGUAACGCCAAUCAAUUCCUUGCUGGUGCAUCAAUAUAUCCAUCGGACCAGUAUCGCAACUUUGGCAUCCUGUGGGGAUACAUUGCAUUCAACGUCUUGGCUGCGGUGAGUCUCUACUACCUCUUUCGAGUACGAGGACUCUCCUUGAGAGCUCUCGUGACACGUAAGGGCGCAAGUGCAGAACAGGUACAGCCAGAAGCGAACAAAGAGACGACUCGCUCGCACGCGCAGCCUAUUCGUCGCUGGAGCAAGUUGGGAUUCUAUUGCUACCUGUCGUGGAGUAUCCUACGGAACGUGGUGAAGUCGGACUACGCUGUCUGA